AUGGUGAAGGCCGUGCAAACGCCCGCAAAAACCGUGGCACCUCAAGCCUACAACAAGAACGGCUCCCCAUUAAGCUCUCAGUUCCAUAACUGGAAGACUACAUGGCAACACUUCUGCUUCCCUUUCUUCUACUUCUCCCUCCAAGAAAACAUUUUCAGAAUCGUUUCCCCUGUGUCUCCUGCUAGACUUUACUGCUGCUAUGCAGUGAUCAUCGUCCUCACUGGAGCUGUGAUUGCACUUUCUGUUGCUCUGUCAUUGUCAGAAAAGCCAGAACAGGUCUCAGUCAAAAAUACUUAUGCUGUUUGCCCAAGAAACUGGAUUGGAUUUGGGAGUAAAUGUUUUUAUUUUUCUGAAGACACAAGCAACUGGACAUUCAGUUGGAAUUUCUGCAUGAAACUAAAGGCACAGUUAGCUAAAUUUGACAACAUGGAGGAACUGAAUUUCCUGAAGAGAUACAAAGGCACCUUUGACUACUGGAUCGGCCUGCACAGAGAGUCAUCACAGCACCCUUGGAGGUGGAUGGACAACACAGAAUAUAACAGCUCGAUUCCCAUCAGAGGAGCUGAAGAAUAUACCUACCUGAACAACAACAACUGGAUCAGUAGUGCCAGGAUCUAUGUAGAGAAGAGAUGGAUCUGUAGCAAGUCCAACAGCUAUAUCCUCCAAUGCUAAAUUCCUUUUGCUUCUUUCUAGUCUUUGUCAAGAGAUGUUUUUUUUUAACAGUUGCUGCUCUAGUCUCCAUCUUCCAACAUUGUUAUCAAAAGAAACUGAAUAUUUGUUGACAUCACAACUGAACACCAUCUUGGAGAACGGCACAUACAUGGGCUUAGAAGAACACUAGUAUGUGUAAAAUGAGUGUUGUUACUCAUACCCUAAGCCUCAAGUACUUUAAAUGUCUUCGAUGGGGUCAAAGACUAGAAAGCCGUGUACCAAAAAGGCUCAGACCUGCCC